AUUGUGAGGCUACUUCUGAAUUCAUUAAGGUAAUGCAGCUAGGGAUUUGCAUCAUUUGACCAAAAUGAUUUCUAACAUUUGAGUGAUUAAUUGGUUUAACCCCUUUAACCCUUUAACACCCACCCUACCUUUGUGGUUGGUCUGCUGGUCAGCAACCCCAAAACGAGGGUGGUUGUUAAAAGGUGAAUGCCACCAGGAUUAACCCUUUUUUCUUUUUCUUAUCAAAUUCAACAAUAUGCAAGAACUUGGAUAAAACUGUUUAUACCUAUCUCAUACUUACCUCAGAAGCACCCUUAUUGUCACAUGUCAGAUUUACAGGUUUAAAACAGUGCAGCAAUUUAAUUUUAAAAAGCAUAGCCACAGAGGAAAUGGAGAGAAAUUAAACUAUGCCUCAUACUUUGGUGUUUGCUAUCUGAUACCUGUUGACACUCAGUUAUAGUGAUGAUUUCAGUGCUUCCGGUUAAUUUAGAUAUUUGUUUAUAGAUAACAGACAGGCUGUUUGACAUCUUGAACAGCCGCAAUCCCAGAGCUAAAGGGUUCAAAGCCCCCCUUGGUUCUAGGAAUUGGACAAGCACCAGGGAGUUCUUGUCAAAAGUCAGAGGGUACUUGCUCACUUUGAAGAUGGAAGAUGGCAAACCCCUUUACCGAACAAAGAGGUCUUUUAAAAUAGUGAUUGUUGUAAUAGUGAUGCACUGACACCAUUUGUAGUCGUCAAUACCCAGUUCAAAUUCUUUAUUAUAAUUAAAUUAUCAGAAUGAGGUGGCUGAUUUAGAAAAUAUGGUUUUAUUUUAUUCUUCGUUUGAUGUAUACAAGUAGUCAAUUUACAAAUCAUUAAUCUAUCUAAGGUAAAACUCUACCUGUUUCAGUGCAUCCAUCAAGUCCAUGAUAUAAGUUCAUGAGAUGAUUGUUGUUCUCUUGUUUAUCUAUCUUCUGCAUCGAGUUCAUAAGAUGCUCUUUUCUGUCUGCGUCAAGUUCAUAAAGUGGUACGUAUUAUUAAUAUGAUACUAUCUUGCUCCAAUGUGUUUGCUGUCUGCAAAUUUGUUUCAGUUCCAAUUCUCUUGUAUUCAGUUUUUUUCUCCCCAGAUGCCGGUGUUAAAAUGGUAUGUAUUGGAUGGUCUGCUUGUUAUGUUGUGAAUUGAUUCCAGAAGAUUUAGUGUCCUAAAAGUAAUUUUAAGAAUCCUAAACCUCACACUGAUUAUACUUUUAAGGUCAGGGAUGCAAACUAGUCAGCUUUACACCCAAUUAUGGCAAUUAAGUUAAUUGUGUGAAAUGUGGAUUUGUGUCUGUCCUGAGAAGUGCUGCUCUGGGAGCAUUCACCAUUCUCACCCUGCACCGUUAGUUUGCAUCCCUGCUUUCUUGUGUCCUGUUUUGGGAGGAUCAUCAUAAUAAUACAGUAUUUGCUUUUGAAGAUUCCUCUCUGUCCUGGGCUUCAUCAUAAACAUUGACACAUUGAUGUCGAUGGUUCCUGUGCUGCUUGAAGGACAGCGAUAUGUCCUGACCUACAGGUUCAGCCAGGACCACUUGGAGCUUCUCUUCAACUCCAUCAGAGCAUCCGGUGGCUGGAAUAACAACCCUAAUGCCAGCCAGUUCAAGUACAUCUUUAGGAAGCUGAUGGCCCGGUGUGGGGUUGUUAAACCAUGCAGAGGCAAUGUGACGGCACAGGAUGACACACAGUCCCUACCAGCUGUCGUUGACACCUCUACAAGCCUGUCAGCUGUAGAUAUGUCCUCUGCAGCAGGAGGAGAAGAUCUUCCAUCCCCAUUUGCUGACAUUCCUGCCCUAAUACAUGACCACAGCUACCUUCCCAUCCGCUUUGAUGGUCUUGUGGACAACGCUCUCGUGUACAUUUCAGGAUUUGUUGUGCGACGGGCUCUGAAGAAGCUGUCGUGUGAUGUAUGCCGUGCCAGCCUAGUGACAGACGCUGCAUCUGCCAUCAAGGACCAGAGCUACCACCUGCUGAUCUUAAAAAACAAUGGAGGUCUGGUGAUUCCAUCAGAAGGCACAGUGAGGGUCGUCAGGGCAGCAGAGUGGGUCAUUCGUCAGGCAUCAGCAAGUACCAGACGAUCACAGCCCAUCAAACUGCUAGAGGUCGUGUACACUGUACGGAAGAGGAUAGGGUCAGAGGAUGUGUUUGUGCUCGGGGAGCACAUUGGCGAAACGCAGUAUGGCAUAGACAGCCACCACCAUACGCUGUUAACAGUAGUUGUGUCCCUGUUUUUUAAGCUAAGGUUGCACCACAUCGCUAAAAUGACUAACCUUGCCUUACAGAGCAACAACAUGCAACAGAAGCUCAAUAAAACUGUCCUUUUCAAAGGGCAUUAGCCCAAGCUCUGUUAUUUUGGGUCAUUUUUUUUUUCUCUGUCCUCCACAGUAGUGUAGUUCUCUCUACAGGGUGGGGAUUUCAACAUGCAGCAUUUUUUUAUGUAUAUUUGUA